AUGCUCAUGAAACAACCGUCUAGGAAUUGCCAGUUUUUUGGAGCGUUGACAUAUGCGGUGGUGAUCAACAGGAUGGGACCUAAAUUGGAUUUUGAUAAACUAGAGAUUUUGGUGCGUGAGAUGGAAGGUCAUAUAUAUGACACGAUUAGAAAUGGUGCAUUGGAAACAAGCAUGUUUAUUAUAAGGAAGUUAUUGUCGAAUUUGUCGUUAGUAUUUAUCAGUAAUCACCAGAUGUAUUCGAACCCGGUGGAAUCGUUACUUCGGUCGAUUUGUGGUAACGCAGAUAUCUCCACAGCGAUCGGAGGUUUAUCAGAUGUGCAUUUAAUGGUGUUAUUGAUAUUCUCAUCGGUUAUCGUAGAGGAUAUUGCGAAGCAGGAGAGAACGGCAGAGAUUCAUACGGUGGUGGAAAGAGAGCUAUACAAGGAUCUUGUUAUAAUGUACAAUUUUUUGAAUAGCAAUUCGAGAAGUGUAGCCAUUGAUUCGUUGGCCUUAGACUGUUUGAAUUCGUGGGUGACUUACAUUUCAGUAGCAGAAAGCAACUCACAAGUGCGAUACACGUCGGUGGAAGCAUUGAUUACGUUUCUUUUCAACCAUUUCCUGAUUCAACAAGACCCAGAGGAAGGAGAAGCUCUCAAGCUAAUAAAUAAAGCAGUGGGUGUGUUGACAGAAAUUCUUGAGAUCAAUCCUCGCAUGCUAACACCAGAAAUGAAAUCAUACUUGGACGACUUAUUAUUUCAGCCGCAGAAUUGGGGAGCAUAUUACAUCGACAAAAUAAUAUUGGGUGAAUCCAAAGACAUGUACCAGGAAGAGAUAGAGUCUUUUGUUAACUUGUUAAUAACAUUUUUGCAGAAUGAUAUUUUGAAACUAUCUAAAUCAAUAAUGCAAGAAAGUACGCAAUAUAAAAUCAAAGCCUUGGUUACUUUGACAAAUUUUCCUGGAAUUCCUAUUGAGGAUGAAUCUGUUAGUGACCAAUUUCUCACAUUCUGGGAGGAAUUCAUUAAUAUUUAUGUUGAUGACACUGAUACAUUUGACGCGAUGUUUUCGGAUGCUCCGAAUGACAAGCUUAAUUUUUUGGCUAAGAGAAAUGAAAUUAUUAAUGACAUAUGUUCAAUUUAUUGGAAUAAAAUACACCUACCUGAAUUAAACAUCUUGGAAGCAAAUAAACUGGAAUUUCUACACUACAGAAGUGGGGUGUCGGAUUUAUUUAUUGCUGGAUAUUCGUUAUUGAGCGUUCCAUUUUACGAAAAGUUAACUAAAAGUAUCAGCGCUAAUAUCUUAGAGAUUGAUGGAAAUCCUGAGAAGAUUAUUGACAUUGAAAGUACAUUAUAUUUAUUAUUCAAAAUCACUGAAGAUUGCACAUUUUAUGAGUCUCAAAGCUCUGUACUAAUACGGCAUGUCGAUUUGCUCUUUGAAUCCAGGUUGCUUGAUGUCAUGAAACUAUACCCAGCAGAGGAAGGAAUUUAUAGAUAUGUCUAUUCAACAUUUGUCAACUUUCUAUCAAGUAUCCAGUUUUAUCUUAAGGGAGAUCGUGGUUCACCUUACCUAGGCACCAUUUUUAAUUUGCUAUUUUCUAUCAUAUUGAAUGGACCUCAAUCUCUAUCACUUAAUACAUCUAGGACUGUAUUAAAAAUAUGUCAAGAAUGCAGAGAAAAUUUGACGUCAUUCUUGCCAACUUUGGAACUAUUGUUGGUUGAGAUGUUAAAGAAUCCGUUGAUAGAUGGCUUAAUCAGGCAAAGGAUGUUCAAUGCCUAUACAUCUAUCGCCCAGUGCUUGAAAGAACCUUCAAAAUUUAGUGAUAUAUUGAACAGAAUGCUUAGAGCUAUUCACGAAAGGGCUAUUGACGUCAUGAAGAGUCAUCCGCAGCUAAAUGAGAAUGAAGAAGACUAUCUUCUUUCCUUAUUAUCAUGCAUAUGCGAGGUUGGUAAAGCUUGUGAAAUACCCGAGGAAGUGGAUGACUUCUAUAGCGAAGAAGAAAAGUUUCUUGUUAAUCAAUAUUGGAUCGAAGAUCCUUUACUAGUAAAAGAUUUGAUUUUGAAUAUCGUGAAAGAAUUUUUUUUGAAUUACACUCCACUUAUUAACAAUACUACGUGUGCGGAAAAGUGCUGCCUUAUAUUAAAAGCAGGAAUUAGAGAGCCUAUAGAAGGUCCAUUCAAGUUUUCAAUGAAUACUAUCUUCAACUUUAUUCUGGCAAAAAUCGGCAACUGCAAUAUCGAUUCUGUUCCAUAUUUAUAUGGGCUUAUAGAAACCGUUGUUAUUGUAAACCAUAAGGUAUUGAAUCAAGAUAUUGUAGGCCAAUUGGUGAAGAGAGUAUUCACCGAUCACAUUGAUUUCCUCAAAUCAGAUCCAUAUACAAUCAAUUCUGCAAUUGAAUUAUUUGCUACAAUAUUAGAGAGAAACCCUUCUCUAAUUAUUGGUUUACCUGUGUUUGAAAAUGCUAUUGUCGGUUUUGCAAUAGAUGGAUUAAAGGCUCAUGAGACAUUUAUCAUUAAAUCAAUUCUGAAAUUCUGGGUCGCAUUAGUUGCAUUAAAAAAAGGGUCAAAAGAGAAUCAAGAUUUUAUCAGGAAUAUGAUGGUGAAUACAGACUUGGGCACACUCUUUGUGUUUGACUUAGUCAAGGCGUUUCUAGGAACACCUAGAUCGAAUCUAGAUCACUAUUAUCCUAUAUUUAGAAAUCUCAUUACCAAAUACCCAAUCGAACUAAAGAAAUGGUUACAGGUAGCCUUUAAAGAAAUAAAAAAUGAGAAAUUGGAUGAAAAAAGCAUAGAUCUUUUAAUUAAUAAGAUAAUGACAACAAGAGGUCAACGAUCAGCAAAUGAUAUAUUGAAACAAAUUUGGUUGCAAUUUAAUGGAUUAAUCGAAUUUAAUAGUCGAAGUUUUUAA